UGCUCACCGCUAUAUUCAUUGGGGGCAGAUUUGGAGCAAUCUGAAGGCCAAGGAAACCAAACGAAGGCGAUUCAGAGGAGAUCGAGAAGAAAACACACAAGCCGUGCAGCCCUGCAGGGAAACUCUAAUCUCCAACGCCAGACAGGGCAGACCAGGAUGGCCGGCUCAGCGUCCGGCCAGACUAUGCAGACGGGUUGACGGAGACGGAGUCACUACUAGUACUAGCAGCCAAACGGGCAAAGCAUUAAUAACAGAUAAAGGGGAAAAACCAGGGUUGGGUUCGCGGAUGGCCUAAUCGGUCCAUAGGAUGGACAAAUAGUUACAUGAUUACCCUUCUGGGUAAGGCAGUCGAAUGGCCCGUCCGAGCUCUCGUCCAGUCACGGCGGCCUCAGACCACCACGGGAUUCGGGACACACUCGGCAAGCGUCCAGGGCAGGACCAGGGGAAAAUGGAGAGGACUCGGGACGGAGAUGCCGAGGGUCGAGGGAAGAAAUUGCCUCAGCCCGCGGGUUACGGAGUAAGGCCACGGAGGACGGGGCUCCUGCGGUUUAGCGCGAGAAAAAACGAGCCAGAAACCAGUUCACAGCAAGCAGGCGUGAUAGAGGAAAAAUCUUCACCGAGGCACUCUUGGGGAGUAAAGCAGAAAAUUUUCUCCGCAAUCCGCCCUGAUAAGUGGCAGCGCUGCCCCAGAAGGGGGAAGGAAGGCCCGGCAUUCCCCCGAAAUCAUCCGACGACCGUCUCAUUCCUGCAGGCGGUGGUGCUCCGGCUUUUGUUCGUCGAGUUCUGGACCGACUUUUCCGCCGUUUUGACACCCCCGGAAUCCAUGCGCCCAAAUCCAAUGCUUAUUAUCUACCGACCGGAUUUAUCAUCACGGGGGAACACGACACUUUCGACCACAUCAUCCGUGGUACUUUCUUUCUUUUCCUUUUUCUUCUCGAUUUUAUUUUUUUCUCUCUAUUUUCCCCAAUCCCCUGACCCAAUGUAAACUCCAAAUCAUAUUGCCUUCCCAACUGAUCUGGUAAUCACCUCCGCGACGCGGGAGAUUGUCAUCUAGAAACACGGCAGUGCGCGC